UUGACAGCAGCUGUGAGGCCCUGAAGAACAGUUUGCAGACUAGUGUGUCAGGGUGCUUUGCACUGUUAUUCAGAUUUUACUGUUUUGUCAGACAUCACCAGAUAUGGUAGACAGCAUUUACAGAACCCGAUCCUUGGGUAUAGGAGCUGUUGGUCUCCCAGAUCAAUAUGCUGAUGGCAAGGCAGCAAAGAUCUGGCAGCUUUACAUUGGAGACACCAAAAGUCGCACAGAUGAGUACAGGAACUGGCUGGUCAAACUGCUUCAGACAAAUGGCUGUAAGAGGAUUCUGGAUGUGGCCUGUGGCAAUGGAGUUGACUCCAUCAUGUUGCUGGAAGAAGGCUUUGAUGUCACAAGUACAGAUGCGAGUGACAAAAUGCUCAAGCAUGCCUUAAAGGAACGCUGGAAUAGAAGGAAGGAAGCGAUAUUCGAUAAAUGGGUGAUAGAAGAAGCAAACUGGCUAACAUUACCUGAUGAUUUGGAGAAACCUGGAGAUGGAUUUGAUGCAGUUAUUUGCCUGGGAAACUCAUUCCCCCACUUACCAGACUUCAAAGGUGAUCAGAGUGACCAGAAACUGGCUCUGAAAAAUAUUGCGAGUAUGGUAAAGCCAGGUGGAAUUUUAAUAAUUGACCAUCGCAAUUAUGACCACAUCCUUGCAACUGGACAAGCUCCAACAGGCAAGAAUAUUUACUAUAAGGGUGAUCUUACAAAGGAUAUAACAACUUCGGUUUUGUGGGUGAACAGCAAACCCCAUAUGGUCACCCUUGACUAUACAUUGGAGGCACCGGUAUCUGAAGACGUUGAUGGUGUGAGUAAAUUCCGGCUGUCAUACUACCCUCACCUCCGGGAAGCCUUCUCAGAGUUGCUAAACCAAGCCUUCUUUGGGAAGUGUGAGCAACAGGUUUAUGGAGACUUCAAGGCCUUUACUCCUGGCCAGGAGUAUGUUCCCUGCUAUUUCAUUCAUGUCGUGAGGAAGACCGGGUAAACUUGCAUCUCGAGUGAGGAAUACAAACCUUUCGAGGAUUUACCAUGCAAAGGAACACAAUGCUUCCCUCAGCAUCAUGCUUCACUAAACAACUCAUUAGAAAAUCUAAGGCAUAUUUAUUAAGAAUUCUAUGCUGAUGAUCUACAUUUUGAAGAAAAACAAACUUUGUCCCCUGAGGAAUAUAAUGGCAAUUAUAUAUUUAACUAAAUGAUAUUACAUUUCUUUCUUUUUGUCUGCAGGCAAGAAAUAAAUGGUAACCAUUAGAGUUACUAUACCAUGUGAUGCUCCUCUUCCAUAUGCGUGUUCUCCCCAUGGUUUGAAUCUAACACAAAUAACAGUAAAACGUAUGUCAUCUGCUACAAGGGACUGACUGCAUGGGAAAACCAACCUGGGACUAGAUAGCUGGUUGUUUGUUUUGUUUUCUACAUUUUUUUCUUGAAACUGAGACAUGUAGCCUGAUACAAACUGUAUUACUGGUCACAAGCAAUACAUUUAUAUAAUUUGGACCACUGAAUAUAUGUUGAACUCCAGGAUGAGUAUUUAUUUCUCUGCAUAUUACCUUUUUCUGUUACGUUUUGUGUUAUACAGGUUGCAGAGUGCUAUACUCUAGCUGCAGUAAAGUGCCACCUAUCUUAAGUAGCUAUUGCUCAUAUUAUUUUAAUGCCCUCUAUACAGUCUAUAUGACAGAGGAGUCUGCGUUAUUACAAUUCACAGCAUAUCUUGUUUUCCCCGAUAAAAUUCAGUUCUGCUGAAACAUAAUGAUUAUGAGUCUUCAGUCGGUUGUUUAUGAUGGAGUAGUACAACGUAAGACAGUGGAAGACAAGUGUUAUUUUAAUCUAAUGUCAGUAUGUGUUACAAUUCAUUUCAGUUAAAAUCCAAUGAAUGUUCAGCAAUGAAAAUUGUAAAGAAUCACUUAGUAAUUAGUAGUCUUACAGAGGUAAUCUAUCUACAGAUGUAAAUUUUGCUCUUUUUAUUGAAAAUUGCUGUAGACUAGUUAAAGUAUAAUAAUUUGCAAAUAUUUAUUUCUCAAGCCAGUAAUGCAAAUAGUUACAUUAAUUAACACUGCUAAAGAAAUUACUUCAUCAUUCAAGAAAACAUAUCCUUAUCACUUAAUUGUAAGCAUUAUCUGUAUCAGAUAUGUUAACAGCGCAAAAAAUAAAGCUGGUAUGUGUGCCUAGAAAAA